AUGUCAUUCACCACCCAAACAGUCACAGAGACCACGACCACGGCGGUCAUGAUCUCGCCCACUCUCAUCAGUGACGCUACUACCACCGUCACUUGCCAUGUAUCCACGACUCUCUUUGCAACAUUUGGCCAAACCGUCACGAUCUCCUCACCUGCUUCACCUUCCACGACUGCAGUCACUGAGCCGACAACGAAGUACACGCCGAUCCCCACCACAACCACGCAGACAUCAACAGUCACACUGACCGAGCUUGAAAUUUACCUCCAAGACGACAUGGGAAGUAUUUAUUCAACCUGGAUCAUUCCCUUCUCCGGGUCUCCACUCCCAAAUGCAACCCACACUGGGGACCCGGGUCAGCUGGUCUACGUGGUUGACCCUGAUGAUGGUGGGUGGGAUCACUGGAGCACAGGUGCAAAGGCGGGCAUGAUCGUUGGUGUGGUCCUCGGGGCUAUUCUCAUUGCUGCCAUGAUCUUUUGUCGCAUCCCUUGCCUCUCCGUUGCAUGUCAGCACAAGAUGUGGCAGGACGACGAGGACAACAACCCGUACGGGUCCUUUAACAACCAGGACUCUGCCACUGAGCCCUCCAAUCCAACUCUAAGCACCUCCUACCCAGACUCAGUCCAGCCGACGUCGCCGACCUCAUACUCCACUUCCUCUAACCAGGCAUCACAGUUCCGCGAUGACGACGAUGAGGAGCAGGAGGAGGAGGACGAGAGACAAGCGGAGAGUGGUCCCGUCCCUCCCAAAGGCGGCUAUGACAGCAGAGUCCAGCAAAUCCUUUAUGAACAACCCGACCUGGAAAUUGUCAUAACGGACGCAGGCAAAAGCGCAGAUGGAGGGUACAUCGUGUACAAGAUUCGGACUGGAGACAUUGAGGUCGCGAGGAGAUAUUCGGAGUUCAGCUCACUGCGCGCCGCUCUGAUCAACCUCCAUCCCACCUUGAUCAUUCCUCCAAUCCCCGAGAAACACACAAUGGCAGAUUAUGCGGCCAAACCCACAAAAGCAAAGGAAGACGUUGGCAUAAUUGAUCAGCGAAAACGUAUGCUCGCUGUUUUUCUGAACCGCUGUCGGAGAAUGAAGGAGGUGGUUGAGGACGGCGUCUGGUGGAGGUUCCUGGAUCCCAACUCCAGCUGGAAUGAAGUCUUGCAUGCUCAUCCGGUCUCGUCGGUACCAAAGAAUAAUCUGAAAGCACCACCUCUGGACCCUGCUAACCCGACACCUGCUCACAACUGGUUACCCAUCCCUUCCUCCUCGGCCAAGCUUAGGCCGUACGGACCAACUUCAAGUACUGGGACGCCUAUAUCUCCCCCAGACCAGACCUUCCCCUCGGUUGUGUCCCAUACGACACCCGGUCCCCAGAUAUUCGGACGGUUUCCCGUGAAUGCGGAAAGACUGAGCGAAACGGACCUUGACCCCUACUUUAUCAAUUUUGAACAAAACACGCGGGAACUAGAGAUCCUAUUGCAAGGCAGUAUUGAAAAAGUAAACCGCCGUACUAUUGAGCACCUCACCAAGCUUUCGGCGGAUCUUGCAGAGUUGGGGGCGCGGUAUAAUGGCUUCUCACUCUCCGAGCAGUCCCCGACUGUGGCAGCAGCCAUUGAGCGGAUUGGGCAAGCCGUGGACAGCACUUAUAUCUCAACCGAAGAGCUAUCGCUCAGCUUGGGAGCCACAUUUGCCGAGCCUAUGAGGGAGAGUGCGCAAUUUGCGGGUGUCGUCCGGAAUGUUCUGAAAUAUAGAGUCCUGAAACGAGUGCAGCAAGAAAUGACCAGGGAGGACUUGGAGAAGAAACGUUACCUUUUGGACCAGCUCGAACGCAGUGAGUCAGAGGCUAAACGGAUUGAUGCGUAUCUGGCCGGCAGCACGACACUGGCAAGCCCCCCGCGUCGCUCAACAUCGAGUGCUUCUGCAAGGGGUCCACCGGAGAGGAGGGACGUGCAGCAUGAAGAGACCGAAUCUGUUGACUCCGACUUUCCACCCACUCAUGGUGAGCCUCCAUUAUCACCUCCGUCGGCUGCUCAAGGACAGCCACACCAGAAUCCAACUUCUCCAACAACACACAGAAAGUCUCCCAGCGGCAACUUUGUGACCAACAAGAUAUUUGGCAGCUUCAGACAUGCCGUGAACGGCUUUGUCGAUGUUGACCCGGAGAGGACGAGACGGGAUCAGAUUGGGAAAACGCGAGAAAGCCUAUCUCAGCUGGAACAGGCUCUCGAAGUGUCGGAGAAAGACGUACACGACGCAACUCAAGGAGUGAUGCGAGAUCUCAAGAGAUUCCAGAAAGAGAAGGAGGACGACCUCCAGAGAUACAUGGAUAGAGAGUCCUACAACAGCGACGUAGAGAUGAGUGAGGGUCAAAUACCGGGCUCCGGGUCCGGUUUCACGCCCAUCAACUCGGAUACCAUGCCGUCGGGUUCUCAAGACACUCUGAAGGCAAAACAGCAAGACACUGGCUUGAGACACCGCGACAUACGAACGACAGAUCAACUCACCCACACUAGUGAUGCUCGGGCCGUCCAACAAAGCGCGGCUUCUUCGUCCGACAACAGUGCCAGCUCGACCACCACGGACUCCCUCUUUCCCAGUCCGUCGAAUCGCUCUACGGCGGCCACUUCGCUAGACGCUGAUGUCCCUCCCACCGCUACGUCCAUACCCUCGAUCGAUGACCAGAUCGCGCAAGUGACGGCGCUGUGGCAGAAAGAGCUGGAGGAAGGUCAGAAGGGUUACCUCAUCUCUGCAAAAUGGUUUCAGAAAGUCCAGGCACGUAGUUCUGUGCCUGGUGACGUGGGGAGGGUGGAAAAAUCAGCGACAGAAGGUGAAAUCGGACCUGUUGACAACUCGGACAUUGCCAUGGUGAUCGACGAGGAUGCCAGGUUGACGGACGAGGCGGGCGAAAAAUAUGUGCCUCUCCGACCAGGCCUGACACUGGACGAAGACUAUCGAGUGUUCCCUCAGGAAGCCUGGGACCUGAUAAUAUCAUGGUACGGGCUGGCCAAGGAUUCUCCUGUCAUCACUAGAUACGCCCAUGACUGGAGCGGUGCCGACGCAACAAUGCCAAAUGUGACGUGGGAGCUGAAUCCGCCACUCUUCUCCUUCCUGAAGGUGCCCAGUGAGCACACGAUCCAGACCCAACGCGAGAGCGAUCUCCCCCCUCAAAGAAUGAUUGCGAGCAAGAAGACGUUGUGCAACGAUUGGCUGAAAGAAGGCAAGAAGCUCCUGCACAUCGAUAUGAACACCAAAGUCAGAGUAUGGAGAAUCCUGGGCGGACUGAAAAAUGCCAGUGCUUCGGGUGGCCUCACUCCUGCCGCUUCCAGAAGUGCUUCCCCAGCGCCUGGUGUCGAGAUCGUGGCCACGGCAGGAGACAAAAUGCUCCUUGAUGUCAACACCUUCGUACAUCUUCAGGUAGGCGAGCACCGUGAGCUUCUUACUGAGAUUAAGGACAACACUGCGAACCCUAAUUACAACGGGAAGACGUCGACUUUGAGCUUCGUGGGUCUGGGCAGGAACGAAGAAGUGAUUGUGCUCGAGGAACAAAAGUCUGGGAAGGAUGAGUGGCCAAGCGAGAGUUCCAAGCUCAACCUCGCCAAAGGCAUCAGAGGUGCGGCUAAGAACCUCACCCCCAGUGGAAGAUCUAGCCCAGCUCCUGGCAUGAUGACGCGGGGACGGCAGAAACGGGACGGGAGACCACGAGGCAUCACCGGACUGAGCAAUUUGGGAAACACGUGUUACAUGAAUUCGGCCUUGCAAUGCAUUCGCAGUGUCGAAGAAUUGACCCAGUACUUCCUCCAUGACCAAUGGAAGCAGGACCUUAACGUGGAUAAUCCCCUGGGUCACCAUGGCGAGAUUGCGAAGGCCUACGCCAACCUUCUUCAUCAGAUCUACGACGAGAACGCAUCUUCGACGAACCCGAGCAGGUUCAAAGCCAUAGUGGGCAAGUACGGGUCCAACUUCUCUGGGUAUUCACAACAAGACUCUCAGGAGUUUCUGUUGUUCCUCCUUGACGGACUUCAGGAAGAUUUAAACCGCAUCCAAAAGAAGCCAUACAUCGAAAAGCCGGAUUCCACAGACGACAUGGUCCACGAUAGCGCAGCCCUUCAGGCUUUCGCUCAGAAGAACUGGGAAAUCUACAAGGCCCGAAAUGACUCUGUCGUCACAGAUCUCUUUGCUGGGAUGUACAAAUCCACCUUGACCUGCCCGGUUUGUAACAAAGUCAGCAUCAUCUUCGACCCUUUCAACAAUUUAACCUUGCAACUGCCCAUCGAGAACAACUGGCAGAAAGAGAUUCUGUACUUUCCGCUCCGUCAGCGACCCAUUCGAAUUGACAUAGACAUUGACAAACAUUCAACCAUCAAAGCCCUGAAGGAAUUUGUGGCUCUGAGGACGCACGCCGACGUGGACCGACUGCUUGUUGCUGAAUCUUACAAAAAUAAGAUUUAUAAGAUUUUUGACAACAACAUCGUCAUUUCCGAGGCAAGUAUUCAAGCCAACGACAUCAUUUGCGUGUAUGAGUUGGAAUCCGUCCCAACCAAUUACAAUCCAAACAAGCCGCGGAAGUUCAGCUUGUACAUGUCCAGGAGUGAUGCAGACGAAGACGUGGUGGAUGCAGACAGUCCGGAAGCCGACCGUCUUCUUGUGCCAAUUUUCAACCGACUCGUCAAACAUCCCGCACGCACCUCCUCGAAACUCUUUUUUGGCCAGCCCACGUAUCUCGUGCUGAGCCGCGAGGACAGGGCUACCUACGAUGGUGUCCUGAAGAAGAUUCUCGGAAAUGUCAUGGGAAUGACCACUAAGAGCAUCCUUGAUGAGGAAUACAACCCCUCCGACGACGGGAUUGGGACACCAGAAGGAUCCGACACCAUGGUUAUGACGGACGACAUGUCUAGCUCGGGCUCGGGCCUUCCGACCGCCACCUCUGUGCAGGGCGAAGAUGGUCUCGUAGAUGUAUCGAUGCGGGAUGCUAGUCAAGCUCCUGAACUGCGGCCUCAGCCCGCUGAGGCUGGUUUACAGAAGCUCCUGCAAUCUAAUUCGCCCUUACCCCGCCGAUUCCAACAACUCUUCGAUGUUCAGGUCGUCGCCACCGGGGAGGGCGUUCCUACUGGCUGGAGCCAGCUCUCAGAGACGGGAGAAUACGUGUCUAUCAAAACUCGAAUUCCCAAACCAACGUCUCGCACGAUGAGGCCCACCGGUGCUCUUGCUUUUGCCAACGGCGAGAGUGGCUCUGCAGAGAGCGACGAUGAGCUUGCGGACAUUGAGAAUGACGACACUCCGAUGGACAGCAACGAGUCCGGAUCGGAAGCCAGUCCAGUCCUCCCUUCUGGUCCUGAGUCCGAAUCCGAGUUCCAAGAACCCCAGGAGAUCUUGCCCAGCCGGAACAAGAAGGCACACAAGUACGGCAAGAACAAAAACAGAGGCAAGGUGUCGGCCAGACGCCCACACCGUCGAUCACCUUUGCCGCCGCCUCAGCCGAUUCCCCAAGCCGAGACUGGCGAUUUCGUCCGACCAGGUGAAAUCAUCAUCCUUGACUGGAGCCAAGAGGGCUAUGAUGCGUUAUUUGGCGGCAAUGAAGACGGAAGUGAGGGCUUCCGUGGUCUUCCCACAUGGAAGAGCGUGGGCCUCUUGCCCGACCCAGAGAUAUCGGCCAAACGUGAACAACGCAACAAUCGUAAGAAGAAUGGCAUCACAUUGAUAGAUUGUCUGAACGAGUUUGGCAAAUCCGAAACGCUGUCUGAGCAGAAUGCUUGGUACUGUCCUCGGUGCAAAGAGCACCGCAGAGCCGACAAGAUGUUCGAGUUGUGGAAAGCGCCCGAUAUCCUGGUCAUGCACUUGAAGCGGUUCAGUUCUAACAGAAGCUUCCGCGACAAGCUUGAAGUCAAGGUUGACUAUCCCACCGAAGGGCUCGAUCUUUCAGAGAUGGUUAGGGAUCAGCAAGACGGUAAGAGCAUGAUUUACGACUUGAUCGCCGUUGAUAACCACUACGGGGGUUUGGGAGGCGGUCACUACACGGCGUUCGCGAAGAACUUUUACAACAAUAGCUGGUAUGAAUACAAUGAUUCUCACGUCUCGUCAAAACCGGAUCCGAGAUCGGUCGUGACCAGUGCGGCGUAUCUCUUGUUCUAUCGUCGACGGUCGGACCACCCUUUAGGCGGGCCCAAACUUCAGGAAGCCCUCCAAGAAUUGAAUCCCAACAGCAACGAUGCCGCAGCCGACUCUGAACUGCCGCAAGACUCGCGUGACUCUUCUCCGAUGACGGGGGAAGGUCAGCGUCUCGGCGACUCCUCCCACAAUGGGUCUUCGGGCGCUUUUCCAGUCGGUCACGGUCACCGCGUGGGAGCGGGACCGGGUGGCUCGGCGCAGGAAGAAGGAAGUCGGCAGGCUCGAGGUCUGUUAGCCGGAACAGAAAGUCCACCGAACUUGACGCUCCCAACAGCAGCCAGUAGUGGUGGCGAGUACGAGCAGCCUCCGGCCUAUGACAUCCCCCCUCCAGAAAUUGACGAAGGAGUCGGCAUGGACUUUCAGUGGUCACGGCAGUCGUGGGACUUUGCACGGUUGGAUGGUACGGAAACCACGUCGCAGCGAGCGCCAGCGAACUCCGAGGUCGAGGGGGUGUUUGGUGACAAAGGCAGUUCCAAUGACAGCACGCGCGUCGAAGGGAAUGACUGCAGCCCAGUACCAAGCUUCACGGAUUUAGAGGACGACGGUUCGAUUCAUCACGACCCAAGCGAGAGUGACAUGGCCCUCUACAGCAGUGAAGCUGGGCGCGUUCUGCCCCAUGAAGAGCCCGGACAUGGCCGUGAUGCCAGAGAGAGCGCCCCCCCUCCUGAUGAGAUCGUAUCGGAGGUAGGAACGUCUGGCCGUGGAAUGUCGAUGCCGGUGACCAUAAUUGUGGAUGAUGACAAUGAUGAUAUCGACGAUCCACCAGUCAUGGAAUUGCAGGCAGAUCCGGCGAAUAAUCAUGAGUUGAGCUUUAACCCUGCCACUUAA